UACUGUAGCUCCACACCCACUCGGCUCGCUUCCAGUCCUCCUGCUUGAGUUGUGCGUUCCCGUUUCCCUUGAUGCCCGGAUGGUGAGAACGUCCGAGCGGCUGACGCAAUGCUGCCAGCGGGAGACCAACGUCACUCCAAUCAGCGCCCGGCCACGCUGCGUGGUUUCUGCACAAAAUGCUAGAGGGAUUCAGGUUGCCGGUGGUGUGUGGGAUACUGCUGUGCGCCCUGUGCUUCCACCGAGCAUCUGAACACAGAGCUGGAGCUAAAAAGCCCUAUAAAAAGCCCAACUUCAUUGUCAUACUUGCUGAUGAUAUAGGAUGGGGUGACUUGGACAUCAACCAGCCUGAAAAGGGGACAAACAACACACCCAAUCUCAACCUGAUGGCCCAGCAAGGACUGAGAUUUUUAGAUUUCCACUCUCCGGCCUCGACCUGCUCCCCAUCCCGCGCUUCCAUCCUGACAGGCCGCUAUGGACUCAGGAACGGGGUCACUCACAAUUUUGCCGUGGGCUCCGUGGGCGGACUGCCUCUGUCUGAAGUCACGCUGCCACAGCUGCUGCAGGAGGCGGGUUACUACAGCGCUAUGAUCGGGAAAUGGCAUCUGGGCCACAAUGGACCAUAUGGUCCCACACAAAGAGGUUUUGACUAUUACCUGGGGGUCCCAUACAGCAACGACAUGGGUUGUACAGAUGUACCUGGAUAUAAUCUUCCUCAGUGUCCCCCCUGUGACUCGUCUGGAUCUCAAAAUUUAAGAUCUGGCUGUUAUUCCAAAGUGGGUCUUCCUCUGAUUGAAAACCGCAGCAUCGUGGAGCAGCCCCUCAACUUAUGGACGCUUACUGAACAGUACCAGUCUGCUGCACUCAGGAUUAUGCACAACAUGAGAGAGCGAGGACAGCCCUACUUCCUGUACAUUGCACUAGCUCACAUGCAUGUACCCCUGGCACCACAAUCUUUUCCUCCUGAAACCAGCACAGGGCAUCCCCCACCUGACCGCCAAGUGUACGCCGCAAGCCUGAGAGAAAUGGAUGACCUUGUAGGGGCCAUCAAAAGUGCUUCACAUGCUAGCGAUACGUUUAUCUGGUUCACUGGCGAUAAUGGUCCUUGGGAGCAGAAGUGCCAGUAUGCAGGAAGUCCCGGUCCAUUCAAAGGGACGUGGCAGACAAAAAGAGGUGGGGGCUCAGCUAAGAGAACCACAUGGGAAGGAGGCCACAGGGUCCCAACGGUGGCCUACUGGCCUGGUGUGAUCCCAGCAAACUCCACCAGCUCUGCCCUGCUUAGUGGUAUGGACAUCUUCCCAACUCUUUUAUCCCUGGCGGAAGUGAUACCCCCCUCAGAUAGGCGUUACGAUGGGAUUGAUGCCUCAAGAGUCCUUCUGCAUGGCGAACAGAUCGGUCACAAGGUCCUUUUCCACCCAAACAGUGGUGCUGCUGGGCGUUUUGGCGACUUGCAGGCAGUGCGAGCUGGGAAAUACAAAGCUUUCUACAUGACAGGUGCAGCUGAAGCAUGUGGCGGCGACGUGGGAACACAGGAGCUCCACAACCCACCAUUAAUAUUUGAUCUGGAGCAUGACGAGGCAGAGGCAACGCCCUUAAAAGUCGACACGCGUGAACACCAGGAGGUAACCGAAAGGGUCGCCGGCUGGAGGGAGGAAUUACUGUGGGACGUCGCCACCGACCCAUCGGUGUCGGCCGCCGACUACUCAAACGAUGACGCGGCGGUGCCUUGCUGCGACUUGGCACCACCUGUCUGCCGUUGCCCGACACAGGGCUGACGGUAGGAAGGAAAACAAAAUAAGUGCGGUUUGACAUGUGCUGUUUGUCAGGUACGAUGUCCAAUGUACACGCAAACAGAAGGUCAGAGAGCGACGGUUGAUCAAUAAGAAAAAGAGGAAAACAUUUGUUCAGCAAUUUGAGCAAUCUCAUUUGCGCCUCACACAACAAGAGUAUCAUACAUAAUAGUUAUACAAAAUAUUCAAGCCAAUUUGGGAAUGAAUUCUGAAUCAACCUUUUUUUCCCUAUUCUUUAUUGUCAGUAUGGUACAAUGCAAUGUAGUGUAAGGUGUCCUAAGGGCGCCACCUUUUGGCAUAAUUAUGGUGUUACAUAUGUUAUAUACACAUUUUACACAUAGUAAAAAAAAAAAAAUCUUCAAAAUAUAGCUAUUCACUGUCAGUUUGCGUUUAAUACUUUUACCCACGUAGUAAAAAUAAACAUGACUUAACAUAUUCAGCAUCGUGUCGCAAAUAGUCUGAAAUUCAAGGACUUAUCACUUCAUCGGAUUCCCAUUUAUAUCCACUGGCUCCUUCACUCGUCUCACAUCCUGAUAUCUAAGUUAAUACAAUUAGUAGCACAGCUGCAUCCUCAUACUUCAAACUUGUUAGAUUUAAAUGCUCUCCUGUGUGGAAUACUUGUAUUUUGAGGUGAUGGCGACUAAAACAUACACAGUAAUGUUUAUUUAAAUAGAAUUUUAAAAAAUGCCCGCACAGUAGAUUUGAACUGCAUUCUUCGCAAGGAGCCUUCUGCGCAGAAAUAUAAAAAAAACAAGACAUCUCAGUUUGAGAUGAAUAACCACCACUGAGGUUUUUCACCCGCUCCCUUUGGUUUGUUUUCAUCAGGAUUACACAAAAAGCUCAUUUUCCCAACGUUUGUGCUGUAAGGUAUAGAAUAGGCCUGCUAAUUAACUAGCAUUGGUCAAGAUAUGCGCUUUAGAAAAGUAUGUAUACUGUAUGACGUCAAAGACUUCAAGAAGCUACGAGUAUGACGUUUACAUUUCAAGUAGGAGCCGUUUCACCUCUUAGUACUACUUCUUAUUUUGAAAGUACUUUCAAGAUACUGCAAGUCUACUCAUAAUUACAGGAGUAUUAAGGCCACACGAAAGGAAAAACAAUGGUAAUUAGAAUAUUUAUGGGAACAUGUAACUCACUAAACUAAAAUUUGAUGCAAGAUAAGGUGUACAAGCUCAUUCUCGUGACUUUGUAAAGGCCAACUUUAGUCUUGCAAUAUUGUCAUUAAUUAGCAAUUUUUUCGCGUAAAAUCACGACUUUAUUCUUGCAAUAUUUCAGAAUUCUGGUCAAAAUAUUACUUUCCUCACAGUAUGACUAUAUUCACAAGGUAAUUUUAUUAAUACAAUUCUAACUUUUUCUUCACAAUACGUUGGUCAUCGCUGUCAGAAAAUCAUAAUGUAUUAAUAUUACGACUAUAAUGAAAGUAAUAUUUUUUUUCUAGUAAAUUCAUGCUUUGUUUUCACAUUAUUUUUCUGAAAUUAUUCUUUUUUUUUUGUUAAAUGAAUACUUUUUCCACUUAAAAUUUCAGCUUUGUUCUUGCAAUAUUUUCAUAACAGAAAAAAAAAUUCUGGUCAAAAUAUUACUUUCCUCUCACAAUGUGAGGAUUUUAUUCUCACAAAAUUAUUACUUUUUCCUGAUAAAAUUACAACUCUGUCCUCACUAUAUGUCAUUGCUGUCAGAAAUAAUUGCAUUCUCUUAAUAUUACAACUUUAUUCCAAUCAAAUACUUGUUUUUUCUAAUACAAUUGUGUCUCUGUUCUUACAUUUUUUGUAAAAUUAUUCGUAUUUUUCUUGUAAAAUGACUACUUUUUCCACUUAAAAAUCCAAGUUUAUUCUUGAAAUAUUUUCAUAAUAUAUAGAUUAAAAAUCGUUUUGACCACAUGAUUACUUUUCCUCUCACAAUAUUAUGAUUUUAUUCUCACAAAAUGAUUACUUUUUUCCUGAUAAAAUUUUAACUUUGUCCUCACAAUACAUAA